AUCUUUUUAGAGCGCCGAGCUGCUUUCAGAGAGGGUCUACCCCCGAGGUGGCCGACGAUUCUGGACUCAGUGGGGAUUAAUAAUAACCGCUUUAACCAGAGCAUGUGAUUUUUACUAAACGCCUGGACGUUCCAGCAGCCAGUCAACCCGCCAGGACGCGAGGGACUUUUUCCCCUCCGUGCGGAGGGUGACGUCGCGCGUGCGCGAGCGUGCUUCUCAGCACCCGUUAGAGGCGUGCGCCUGCGCACUGGGAGGGACGAGCCGCUUCCUCCGGCUUCUCUUCCUCCCCCUCCCCCCCGGUAUCAGUGCGCCGAGCUGAUAAAGGCGCCAUUUUGGAGCGGCCGCGGGAGACGUGGUGCCGCUGAGGGCUCGCUCUGCCGUACGCUAGGCUUGGUAGGAAGGCCUCUUUUUUUUUUUUUCCUUCCCCCCCCCCGAGUCCGCGCUUUUCGUCGUCGCCGCCGCCGCCAUGUCGGGAGGUGGUGUGAUCCGUGGCCCGGCGGGGAACAACGACUGCCGCAUCUACGUGGGUAACCUACCUCCGGAUAUCCGAACCAAGGACAUCGAGGACGUGUUUUACAAAUACGGCGCCAUCCGCGACAUCGACCUGAAGAACCGCCGCGGGGGACCGCCCUUCGCCUUCGUUGAGUUCGAGGACCCGCGAGACGCGGAAGAUGCGGUGUACGGUCGCGACGGCUACGACUACGACGGCUACCGGCUGCGGGUAGAGUUUCCCCGAAGCGGCCGCGGGACCGGCCGAGGCGGCGGCGGGGGUGGAGGCGGCGGCGCCCCGAGAGGCCGCUAUGGCCCGCCGUCCAGGCGGUCCGAGAACAGAGUGGUUGUCUCUGGACUGCCUCCGAGUGGAAGCUGGCAGGACUUAAAGGAUCACAUGCGUGAGGCAGGUGAUGUAUGUUACGCUGAUGUUUACCGAGAUGGCACUGGUGUCGUGGAGUUUGUACGGAAAGAAGAUAUGACGUAUGCAGUUCGAAAACUGGAUAACACUAAGUUUAGAUCUCACGAGGUAGGUUAUACACUUAUUCUUUUUUUUGGCCAGAAUUGGAUACAGUUUUCUUAACAGUGGAAUUUGAAGGUAAGGAUACAGGCAAGGGUGUUCACGUAAAUUACCAGAGCCCUGAUCUGUCUUUGUAUUCGUUCAGCUUGUCUGAAGACAGGUGAAAGCUUAGAUCUUUCAAUGGAAAGUUCUGUCUAUCCAAUAGGGAGAAACUGCCUACAUCCGGGUUAAAGUUGAUGGGCCCAGAAGUCCAAGUUAUGGAAGAUCUCGAUCUCGAAGCCGUAGUCGUAGCAGAAGCCGUAGCAGAAGCAACAGCAGGAGUCGCAGUUACUCCCCAAGGAGAAGCAGAGGAUCACCACGCUAUUCUCCCCGUCAUAGCAGAUCUCGCUCUCGUACAUAAGAUGAUUGGUGACACUUUUUGUAGAACCCAUGUUGUAUACAGUUUUCCUUUACUCAGUACAAUCUUUUCAUUUUUUUAAUUCAAGCUGUUUUGUUCAGAAUGGGCUAAAGUGUUGAAUUGCAUUCUUGUGUAAUAUCCCCUUGCUCCUAACAUCUACAUUCCCCUCAUGUCUUUGGUAACUUGUAUUUUAAGUGAUGUCAUAGACAGGAUUGUUUAAAUUUAGUUAAUUUCCAUGCUCUUCAGACUGUGAUAUUAUGUAAAUGUCUAUUCUGCUCUGGUUUGUGUGAAAUGGGAUGUUGGGGGUGUUUGUGGUUAUCUUACUUGGGGGAAGUUCUUAUGUUUAUCUUGCUUUUCAUGUGUCUUUCUGUAGACAUAUCUGAAGAGAUGGAUUAAGAAUGCUUUGGAUUAAGGAUUGUGGAGCACAUUUCAAUCAUUUUAGGAUUGUCAAAAGGAGGAUUGAGGAGGAUCAGAUCAAUAAUGGAGGCAAUGGUAUGACUCCAAGUGCUAUUGUCACAGAUGAAAUUGGCAGUAUUGACCUUAUACUAGAAGGCGAGGGUUAAAAAUUUAUCUACCUUAAAAGAUUUGCAAACACUUAAUGCAGUUAUCUUCAGCUACAAUUGCUUUGCUUUUUAAAACCUUGGCAAUUGUGGUAGAAUUGCCCAUUUUGUAACAAUUAUUUGCUCCCUUCCCCCCUUUUUGUUUUAAUAGGGACUAAUGUGGGAAGAAUGGCUAAUUUGUCACAGUGCUUAGUUACAACUGUUAAUGUGUGGCCUGCUGUUGGUGUACAUGUGGGUACAGGGUGUCAAUUUCCAAACAGAGUAUAAUAUCAAUACUGCUAAAUCUGCAUGUCCUCUGUGUGACUGAUAGAGCAUUGUUAUUUCAUUUUUUAAAGACAAAAUGACAGCAAAAUAAUAGAAUUCCAACGUAUUAGUGUAGAUAAUCUAGUUGGGAGUACUUUAAGUCUCACCUUCCCUUUUAAUAUUCAUAAUUGACUCAUGUUUAAAACACUUUAAUUUACAAGCUAAAUUGCAGAUGGGAGCAAUAGUUUAGGUUUAGGUGGGUAGUAAUACCAGUAAACUUCAAUUAUAUAACUUUGCAACCACAAAACCUGUGAUACCUGUACAGUAACAAGUGUUGGCAUUAUCAGUUGAACUGUAAAUAUAAAGUGCUUCUUCCAGUUAGUCUCUAUAGUUAUUAAGUUUCUAAAAUUUAUCUGAACACCAUACAGAAACUUGUUUUGGGGAAUUUGAUAGUUAUUGAUGUGCAUCUGUAAACUGAUGACAGACAUAACUCAUCAUUCCCCAGAAACUUUUUUUGGUUACAGUGUCUAACAUUUUGCCUCCUCUUUUUUGGUUUUGCUGGUUAUAAAGGUUUGGAUUGGAGAGGGCUCACUGGAUCCCAAUCCUUGGAGCUGGAUCAUUGGAUUCAAAUCAUAAUGUGGAUAGGAUAGGGAGGAUGAAUUACCAGGAUUCAUGGAGCGGGAUCAGAUUACCAGGAACAUAGGAGUGGAUUCCUUCCUGCCCCAACCAAACCGCAUUCGUGUGGAUUUUUUUUUCAUUCAACUUAAUUGGCUAUUCCAAAGAAUUUUUUUCCUAUUUUUGACGAUUGGAGCCCUUAAGAUGCACGAUGGAAUUGUGUUUUGCAUUUUUUGGUAAAAGGAGCAAAGCGAGGACCUGGAGAUAUACGCUGGAGCAAUCUCCUUGGAAGGAUUCAGCACGAGUAGAUGGUAAACAUUUAAAGGGGAAAAGGGGGGGUUUGUUUAAAAUAGUAAAUCAGUAAGUCACUUCUAAAUUUAAAGAAAACAAAAUUGGAGUUGAAGAAUAAGUAGGUUUCCAAUUGGCUAUUGCCGUUUUUCUUUGAAAAAAAUAAACAUUUUUUAAAAAACGAUGCAUGGUUGUCCUUUUUCCUCUUGUAAAAUUUUGAUUGGGUAACUAGUGUAUCAGUUAUUUAAUUUGAUAAGAUUCUGAUUCUGUUUAUGUGUUAGUAAAUUAAAGAUUCUAAUAAAUGAUGACUGUCUCUGUUGUGGAAGUCUUAAGAGCAUAAUAAACUGAGUGUAAGGCAGUUACAUACGUAACAGUUGUGUAGAGGGUAAUGAUCUGGAAAGUAAUCUUUCAUAUUUUGCUAAAGAACUUACAGUUGCUGUUUAUUUUGGUAAUGCUUUAGACAAAAUAGGCUUUUGUACAAAGUUUGAUAGCUAAUCAAUUUUAGCUUUGAGAUUCUCAGUGGAACUCAAAUUCAGUAUUAACAUUAGGAGACAAAAUAGACUACACAGUUUUUUUUUUUUUAAAUUUUGGAUAGUGUGCUGUCAAAUGCUUAUUGGGUUAAUAAAUACAUUAUAAAUCUUUUCAGCCAUAGAGUGUUCUGUCGCCAAACUGUUCUGUAUUGAGUCAGCAAUUAUAUAUAUAUCUUAGUCUAGUCUACUGUUGUAUCUCUACUGAUAACCCCUUGAAGCUUAAUCUUCAUCUUAAUUGGUUUGGAGAAUGGAACUUUUAUUUAAAAUCCCAAGCUUGUGAUUUCCUCCUGGCUAGAAUGAAUAGACCACUAUUCACCACAGUAGAAAUAGCUAGAUCUUUAACUUUCCUUGAGUUGCAGGCUAAAUAUGAUAUUGUUCAGAUGUAAUGUAGAAUAUAGGGGAGACCAGAAAUUUUUGCUAGUGAAAGAAACAGGUUUCAAGAAAUUUGCAUGAGAUCUCAGCCUGCUCAUUUUAAUGACCGCAUACACUGUCCUGAAAGAGAAACUAAUUCUUUUAAGUUCAAAACUAGGAUUUCACUUCAGGAGAUGUGUUUAGUAGAUGCAUUAAGGUUAGGUAGCUGUGUUACAGAACUCAAAGUACAACUAAAAGGAUGAGGAAUUAGCAUAGUUAAACAUGGUAUAAUUGGAAAUUUAUGGUGUUUUAAAAUACAUUGUUUUCCUCCAGAGAACCUCACUCUACUCUGGUCUAGACUGGGCCCAAAACUCCAAAGUAAAUCCAGUCUCCCAGAUUCUGGGAUUAGCCAUGAAGCACCAUGCCCAGCUUACUAAAGUAGUAUUAAAAGGUUAAAGCCAGCUAGAUAAAUGCAAAUGUGGGUUUACUUUGAAUGCUUUGGAAACGGGACCAAGAAUGGCCUGUUUAUAGUAGUUCAGUUGUAGAUUGAAAUGAGCAAAGUGUUCUUUGCCUCACUGUAGGCUUAUGUUUGAACACUAGUGAGCACAGCGUAGGUUUUAAAGCUUAGGAAAUAGGGCUGUACCCAUACUGACAGUUGAUACCACUUUGGAACUACAAAUACUUUGAUUUCUACUCCCCGCCCCCCUCUGUUCCCUUAGGAUAUUGUAGGGAAACCUAUGAUUAGUUUUUCUAACCACGAAAGCACUUAAAUCUCUUUAAGCAAGUACUUUCAUAACUUCUGAUUGAAUAACCCAACUUGCUGUUCAGCUCAUCCUACUGGAGACAAAGGUAAGACACAUUUUCUGAUACCUAGUUUGGGAUCUGGAUUUUAAGAACUAAAGUUGUGAUGAAUAAUUGCUCCUGACUUGCAAUGUUCCUCUCUUCCUCCCAGCUUUAUAUUUUUAAUAGUUUUGAGUGUAUAAAUCUACUCAUCUCAAUUCUGGAGUUGAAUAUGAUAAAUUCCAAGAUCUGUCUAUGAGCCAUGCUUUUGUAGGGGUGGUGCUAUUUUCAGCAUUCUGAGGUCAAGGUCAACUUUUGGUGUUUGCCUUUUUGCUUUGUAUAUGAAAUUUGUAGUGAAAUUACAAAUGAAAUAAAUUAUAUGUAUUUAAAUAGUAUUAAAAGGAGAGAAAGUAUUAGACUGAGUUCUGUUAUAACAACAACCACUUGUAGCUUAUUUCCAUCAUAAUUUGAUGAUAGAUUGAUAACCCACAAUACUGGAAUACCACAGAUUGUUUUUAUUGAGCAAAAUGAAUGUAAAAUCUGGCCAGAGUAGAUGCCUUUAUUGUGUAAUUUGUGUAAAAGUCACAUAGGCAUUGUUGAAGGUGUUUUAUAUAUAUGAAGUAUAUGUGAUAAGAUCUUCAUGUAAAGUCUGAACAACCAUGGAUCCCAAAUAUAUAUCUAGUUUGGGUGAGCAAGGAGUUGUAGAAUUGUACUAGUACUGCAGAGGAUUAAUGUUACUAUAUGUAAUUUUGGGAGUGAAUAAAAAGCUGUUAAUUUGGAACCUUUA